AUGGCCGGAAGCCGCACUCAGUCUCACGCGCCGGCCAUCCCGUUGACUCCGGUCGGACACCCAAUUUCGCCAACGCACCGUCAAAUCGAUGAGCCCACACCAGGCACUGAGCAAGACAGCCCCAAACUGCGAAAUAGCCUACGCAGUUCUGCAAAGCUUCUGGAAUCCGAUGCCAGUGUCAAGAACUCUGAUGAGUCCAACAUCAAGACUGGCCUGUCCAAGUCUCAGACAAAUGUCUUCUACGCAUCCCAGCCAGCAUGGAGCUCGGCACUUCUGGCAUGGCUGGCCGAAAUCAUCUGGUGCUUCGUCAGUAUAGGCUCGGUUGUUGCCUUGGUCGUUGUCUUGAACGUGUUCGACGACGAGCAGCUACCCCAAUGGCCGCUGGGAUUGACGCUGAACACACUUGUCGCUUUUCUCGCUACCCUCGCUCGAGCCGCAUUCGUAAUUCCGGUUUCUGAGAGUCUCUCGCAGUUGAAGUGGGUUUGGUUCCGCCAUCCACGGAUGUUGAAGGACUUUCAAGACUUUGAUGCGGCAAGCCGAGGGGUCUGGGGCAGUUUGCUGCUGUUGACGACGACGAGGGGAUGGUCUCAGCUACGACUACGCCAAGAUGUAUCCUUUGAGCCAAGCUCGCUGUCCAACCAGUGA